AUGGUAGAAGAAGAUCGUGGAACAAACGGAAAUAAAAGAAUGCGAAGAAAAAAGAAAUCAAAAUGUUGGAUUAAAAAAGAUACAUUUAAUAAUGUUGAUGAAGCAGAAGCAUCAGUUGAAAAUCAAUGGUCAAAGUAUUAUACAAACUACAUAGAAGAUGGAAGAAAAGUUUCUUAUAGAUGCCAAAAAACCAAACAUCGUGGUCCUCAAUGUCCUGCAAAUAUUUAUCUGUUACAUCAUGCAGAUAGUGAUAAAGUAAUCGUUUAUCAAACAGAAAUGGAGCACGAACAUCAUAAUGACAAAGUUUGUGGCAUUGAUGAAAAUGUUAGAAAGUACAUAGAAGAUUUAUUUAACGAUGGUAUAGAGAAACCAAAACUAAUUCUAAAAUCGAAACUUGGUUCAUGUAAAAUUAGUGUAUAUGAAUUAGAACAAUGGUAUGAAAAUAAUCAAAAUAUUUCAAUUGAUAAAAACGAAUCUUUUAUUGUAUCCUACAACAUAUUAUAUGAUGAUGAAGAAUAUGAAGACCAUCAAGAUAUAGAAGAUGAUGGUGGCAACAAAUUUCGUAUAUUUAUAUCAUCUGUUCAUUUGCUCAACAUUGCAUCUAUAGUACAACAUAUACAUGUGGAUGCUACUUAUAAAUUGGCAAGGCAAGGUUUUCCAGUAAUGGUUAUUGGAACAACUGAUUUCAAUAAAGUAUUUCAUUCAUUUGGUUGA